AUGUCGACGGCCCCUAGUAUGGAACCAUAUCACUUGCCCGUGUCGCGCUAUCACCUAUCGUCACAUCAACAUGGGGACUUCGUGGGCAUUGGUUGCCUGCCUGGUCCUGUGCGUUGGGAGCGCCGUCAGUUUGCCGUCGCUGGAAAGGUCGGCGACGAAGACGAGGCAAAUUACAUUCUGCCGGAGGGGGGCCUCCUGGGCGGCGGCACGAGCGCGUUCCAAACCGAGGGCGCGUGGGACGAAGAUGGCAAGGGCGUUAACGUGUUCGACGCGUACUAUCACAGCCACAACAAGUCAACCGAUCAAACAGGAGACAUUGCAGCCGAUUCGUAUCACCGCUACAAGGAAGAUAUCGGAAUUGCUGCUGAUAUUGGACUGAACGCUCUACGUUUCUCCAUUUCCUGGGCGAGGAUAUUUAAGACUGGCCGUAAGGACUCCAUCAACCCGGCAGGCGUGCAGCACUACCAUGACGUCAUCGAUGAAAUGCGUCGAAAGAAUAUCGAACCAGUGGUGACCAUCUACCAUUUUGAUCACCCUCAAGCUCUGCAUGAGGAGUUCGACGGGUGGCUUGGCGAACAAAUGCCCGCCGUCUUCGCUGAGUUCGCAGACUUUCUGUUCGCAGAGUACGGAAGCAAGGUGAAAUACUGGCUGACCAUCAACGAGGCUGAGCAGUACUGCACCCUUGCCGGCAUGAUGCAUUGGGUGCCACCAAUGGACAUCACGACCAGGGAAAAGAGCCAGUUGUGUCUGCAUCACCUUAUCCUCGGGCACGCCAUGGCCCACAAGGUCUACCACGACAAGUACUACGAAUCUCAAAAGGGCAUGGUGGGUUUCGGCGUGGGCCCUGGAUUCUCACGGCCCGGAUCGGACUCCAGCGAGGACGUGGCCGCGGCCGACAAGGACAACCUGGAGCACGGAAUCGGACUCUCUCUGCACCCGCUGGUGAAGGGCGACUACCCGGAAGACAUCAGGGCAAGCCGGCCCGCCUUCACGGAGGAACAAAAGGCCCUCUUAAAAGUAAAGCGCAUCGACUACGCGGGCGUGAACAUUUACCGUGGUUCGAACGUCACUGCGGGUGGGGGCGGCGGCGGCGGCGGCCCUGGAGGUGAUGGCUCUGGUGGUGGACCGCCUGGCGGUGACGGUGACGGUGGUGAUGGAGGUGAUGGAGGGUCAGGCGGUGGCGGACCUCCCGGCGAUGGCGGCGGUCCUCCCGGCGGCGGCGGUGGUGGUGGUCACGGAAGCGCUGACACGAGCAGCAAUUGGACCAUGCGAGAACUCCCCAAGUGGGUCUCGAAAAUGUACGACUUGCCCGUCUUCUUCACGGAGAGUGGGGUUGGCGGCGACUCGUCGCUGGAAGACUGGGACACCCGCGCCGUCUAUUGCAGUGCCUUCCUCCGUGAGUUGGCGUACGGGCUGAAUGUGGAGAAGACCAACGUUCUUGGUUACAUGGUGUGGAGCUUCCUGGAUUCGUUUGAAUUCUUCAAUUACAACCAGGGCUGGGGCAUGGUUCAUGUCGACUACCAAAGCGGCAGUCUGAAACGAACUCCGAAAAAAUCGUCAACAUUCUUCAAACGCGUUGCUAAGACCAGAAAGGUGCCCCUUGUUAAAGCAGGUUCGGAACCGUUCCCCGACGACUCUGGUGCCGCCUCUUUUAAGAGUUCUUUACUUCCAGUCGCUUUGACGUUCUUGGCCGUCAGGUGGCUUGUUUAGACGAGUCUGCUUUUAGUAUAACUAACUUUAAUAUUAUCAAACAUGUUCCUUUCAUUCUUUUGAUCUGGAGAGCUCAAACAAGUGUACAAAAAUGAAGCUUGUAAUAGGACAUUUGAGCUAUACUUGCUUCUUAAAAGAGUGAACAACUCGUUUGAGUCAGUGAAUCUAUGAUUGUGUGUCCGUUGAGGAAUAAACCUGUGUUAGUCCCGUA